GAAGAAAAUCAGCAAAUUGCCUUUGAAAUAUUAAAAAGAUAUUUGAUAAUUGCACCUAUUUUAAGAUACCUGGAUUUUAAAGAAAUGGUUUACUUAUAUACCGAUGUGUCUAGUAUAGGAUUAAGAGCUGUUUUAGCUCAAAAAGAUAAAGACCACAAAGAAUAUGUGGUAGUAUAUGCUAGUUGGGAAAAACCAAAGUCUUAUAAUACUAAAAAUGAAAAUUAA